AUGGUUGCCACGAAUCUCCCGGCCCUCUUCCCCAAGAUCGCCGCUCUGGCGCUGCUCUCGCUGUCCCCAGGUCAGGAACUGUGUGUGACCUACACAAAGUUCACGGAUUCAACCACUGAGCUAGAGGCUGUGCGGUACAUGCAAUGCCAGAGUACGGAACUCACAUCCGGCACACCGGCAGGGUAAGUUUUUCGAAUUUUUGAAGGUUUACUUUUCAGUUUUUAGUAGUUUAGUUGGUGUUUAUAUAGAGUUUGGUAGAUUUUUCGAUAUUUUUGUAAUGUUACGUUUAUUUGUGACAUUUUAGAGUAUUCAAAAAGGUCUCUGCAACAUACAAAUUGCUGCAGCUGUACCCGAUGAACACGGCACUCGACUCUGUCAUCUAUAGUGGUUUGUUCAUUGCUAAUGAGUAAGUUAUUUUUUCUACGAUAGCUAUGUCAAACCUUUUUGUUAUGAAUAUUGUGCAUUAAACUAGGAAUACAUAUUUUGUUUUUAGAAAACGCUUAUUUGGGCUGUCGCUGUUAAAAGUGGCACCAGGUGAACCCAAGGAAUUGAAAGACUCUGGAAUGCCAAGGAACCUCAAUUCGGUGUCGGUAAUGGUCACAUCUUUUACCAAGAUUGCGCAACCAAGAAGACACUGCACUUCGACAUGGCCAAUGUAGACGAAUUAGUCAGUAUGACCCAUGAAGGUUUGACUAUCUGUGGCAAGCCGGAAUUCGGUCAAACGAAGGAUGGCCUUGUCUGGACGAAGGCUGAGGGUUGUUGGACGUUGGAUGGCAACAACCUGAAGCCUUCAGGUUGUUCAGAUGUCACCGAGCUGGUUUUCUCUAUUGUAGGUUUUUACUUUGUAUUUUUAAGCUUUUCUCAUAUUCUUCAACAGGUUUUGUGGAUUUUAGUUGUUUUUUAAUUUAAGAACAGUUCUACUUUAAAGUUUUUAAAAAUUCAAUAGAAAUUUUAUUAAAAUCUAAUUGAAAUUUUGAUUUUUAAUGUUUCAGGAAGCCUUGGUGAACAUGGAUCCCAAGAUCAGCCAAGAUGUGGACCAGUCAGACCUGAAGACGAUGCUUGUAUUGGUUCACAGCCAGUAAGUUGAUUAAAGGUUUAAUUUUGAAAUAUUUUUUAGAAUUUUUAGCCAUUUUGCCUUUUUUCACUACUUUAAUUUUUGAAAUUUUCAGGCUCGCUCCACAGACUACCACCAGCACCCCGGAGGAUGACACCACUGUUUUGAAUGUUACUGAAAGUACCUUCGGCAGUAAUUCGACCAUUGCCGAAAGCGAGUAAGUCGGUUGCAAUGGUUUAGUUCUAUGUUUUUGGAAGAUUUAGACUAAAAUUUUGGUUUUUUGAAAAUUUCAAUUUUUCAAAAAGAUAAAGAUUGAUGAAAAAUGUUAUUUUAGCAAAUUUUUAGGUAUGAGAUAUGGGUCUGAAUUUAAUUUUUUAAAACUUUUUGAUUUCAGCAACUCCGUCGUUGUUUAUUAUUGCAUCGGCAUCGGCGUGGGCGUUGUCCUCGUCUGUUUCCUGGUUUGUGGCAUGCUCUGGUACUGUGGAUGUUGGCAGCCCCGGUGUUUCAAAGGCCGGUCGAAGCAACACCAAUUCUCUACCACCGGUGGCGAUUUCUUUACCACGUAUAACUUCACACCAGUCGACACCAAAGCCCCCGCUUCUAAGGCCGGCAGCAACACCAGCAUGUCUGGCACGGGAAAGAGCGAGAAGUCACUCAAGACCGCUGAGUUGGCCGAACCUUCCGGAGAAUCGAACAAACCUGGCUUAUUCAAAAAGUUUGCUCAGUCGUUCAAGAUCAAGCGCAAGUCCAAGAAGGCCCCGCCAAUAGAGGACCGCACUGAAAAAAUGAAUGGAGUUUAUAUUUCGAUUUUGGAGGUCGAUGCCCAAAGCCCUUCCGGAAAACAUAUCAAAAAAGAGAUCCAAGAGAUUGAAGUAUCUCGUAACUGGCUGGGACUAUUUAUGAGGGUCUAA